GAUGGAUUCAUUCUCGUGUUGUGCGCGUAAGGAGAAAAGACGUUUGGAUUCUGAGAAAGAAAGCUAGGGUUUGGGUUUGGGUUUGGGUUUGUGUUUGUUGAAUUGAAAGAUCUGGUGUGCUGAGCAUGUCGAUCCAGGGUCAACCUCUUGAGGUUACUGUUGUUUCCUGCUCCAAAUUGAAGGACACAGAAUGGAUUUCACGCCAAGAUCCCUACGUCUGUGUUGAAUAUGGAAACACCAAGUUCCGAACCAGAACCUGCACAGACGGCGGAAGAAAUCCCGUGUUUCAAGAGAAGUUCACCUUUCCCCUAAUCGAAGGUCUUCGCGACAUUAAUGUCAUCGUUUGGAACAGCAAUACACUCUCCUUCGAUGAUUUCAUCGGUACCGGCAAGAUUCAAUUGCACAAGGUUCUUUCUCAAGGUUAUGAUGACUCUACUUGGCCCCUUCAAUCCAAAACUGGCAGACACGCUGGCGAAGUCAAACUCAUUUUGCAUUAUGCAAUGCCAAAUCACCAGUUGCAUAACUCAAGCCAUGCUCCAUAUGGACACACACAUACUCCCUCCGUCCCUCUAUAUUCUGCGCCUUCCUACCCUGCACCUGCACCAUCACACUCUGCACCUCCUUAUAAUCUUCAAUCACAUUACCCACCACAACCUUACCCUGCUUCAUCCCCCUAUCCUUCUUCACAACAUCCAUCUCCCUACCCACCAUCCCCUUACCCUCCACCAUCUUCCUAUCCUCCAUCGUCAUACCCUCCUCAACCUUCAUAUCCACCACCUGCUCCUGGAAUGUACCCUCCACCGCCAUACUGAAAUGGAUCCUCUACACCCUCCAGCAAGGAAAGCUUUGUAGAUCAUUUCAAUUUUUCUAUGUUUCUUUUAUUUUUAUAUUACCUAUGUUUAGUCAUGACUAUCUUUUACCCAUUAUAAACUUACAAGUGUGAAUUAUGGAUUAUUUCUUAUUCUUAA